AUGUCUUUAUCACCUGAGGGCAUGGGCAUCGAUGUCUUCGCACCACGAGGAGCACCCGUCAGUGUGUACAAUCUGUCCAAUUUUCGCGGCAUUCCGGAAGAUUUUGAAGAUUUAGAGAACGAUUUCCAUCAGAGAGAACGAUUUCCAUCAGACAACAGGAAGAAGCCAUAUGUCCACGCCUCUGGCUUCUCCGAUGGAGUAGGCCCUGUGCUCUACGGUAACCAAACAGAGGACUCAUACACCAUCACCUCCACCGAGUUUCGUACAGUCACGAUCGACGACGAAACUUGUCCCUUUACGACAGCCACCACGUAUUAUCAGCCUUAUGAUAAAGACGAUGGUAUUUUCCAGGAGACUGGCUUUUCGAACUUCCUCACAACUUCUGCGACCCGCUGUGGUUCUGCAGCGUGUUGUACAUUCACGCCUCUAACGCAGUUCGUGGUCACCUGGUCGGAAGUAACGAAACAACCAGUGGCCGUUGGACCCGAAGUAGUGGUCAUCGAUACAGUGCGCGGCGUGACAACCACAACUACGGAGGUUGUUACCAAAGGCAUCCUGUACCAGCAACUCUUCCCUCUUCAUACCACAUCUGCAGUGCCAAUCCGUCCACCAACCACCUCACCACUCCUCACACCGCCAACACCUCACACACACACACACACUCCAACAUCCCAAACAGCUCUUCAGAGCUGCCAGAUCAUCAUGGCCUUGGUCCAAGGCUGGAAUCCCAUCAACUCAGGUGCUGUCUUUGGAGGAAAUUCUGGAGGAGAUGAUGGCAAUGACCCGCGUCAGAGGCCAACAGGAGGAAACUUCUCAAGUCCCAAGUCUGGCAAGAGUGAGAGGGAGAAGUUGAUUGAUGGGCUCCUGACCCUCCAGCGUGCCAUCAACAAGCACUCCACCAAGAAGCUCAAGAGGGAGCAUGUCAAUCUGGAAGUUGCCACCAAGCUUCUGGAAGUCGCGGUCCAUGACAAGAGCCUCUUCAACGAGAUUGUUGCCUAG